AUGACCACGGAAAACGGGUUGAUGCGCAUAGUGAUUCCUGUGGCUCCACAGUUGACUGAAAAUACAGAGCAAUCCGAAAUUGAAGCAUUUGCUACUGCAUUGAGCAAAUAUUAUGAUAACGGCAUCACCUUCGGCAAUUGUGGUCUCACUAUCCAAUACUCGGGAUGUUACCGUUUUUUCUGCUUUGCAGAAAUGUUAAAAAAAGAUUAUCCCGGCUUUAUUGCCAAAUUCAUAGAAGUUUUAAAGGAGCAAAACUACACUACCAACAAGAUCAAGCUCUUAAAGAACGUGGGCAAUAGAUUCAAUAAUCUUUUGUACUAUUUUAAACAUGGCGCGUUUGCCAUUGCUGCUUUAUAUACCACCAAUUUCAUGCGUGAAUUAAAUGAGGCCGAAUUCGCGGACAUUAUAGCCUUUAUUCAAAAGGAUAGAUCUCUAACAAAUGAAUUACGAUGUAUGAAGCUAAAUCCACAAAUGCUUAAGUGCACUGGCGAUUUGCAGUUCAUUGAUUUUAGACGAAAAAAAGCUUUGUAA